AUGACUCUUCUUGAUUCUCUCUCAAGAACAGUCCCCAAACAUUUGGCAACAAGAAAGAUUAGUCUUGUUUCCAACUUUAACAACCAAUCGAAAGCAGCAUCUUCAUCGUCGUCGAACCAACUCCAUCACAAACAACAUUCUUCAAACUCAUAUCAACUACUUUCUAACUCGAUACAGAAUAACAGUAAGAAAUUUGCAUCUUCCUCAUUGAAAACCUACUUUUCAAAAUCUUCUGCUCUCAUUCAGACUGCUGCUGACAAUGAUUCAAACAUGAACAACAACACUUCGAGAUUCAAUCAUUACAGCAUUGGGACGGUGUAUGAAAUUGCUGAUCUUCCUCUUUCGCCGAUCACACUCAAGAUGAUCAUGUCCUUUGGUAAAACCAUUAAUCAACAAACACUUGUUGGAGCUUCGUAUUGGUUGAAAGACGAACUGCCGAAACGUUUAGCUCGUCAAGUCAAACAAUUAGAUACAUUACCUCAUGGAUUGAAUUUAAUGCCGUCCAUACGAAAAGUGAGAGAAUUGUACUUGUCGAGUUUUAAUGAUGUCAUGAUGUAUAAUGAAUUGUUGUCGAAAGGAAGAGAUGAAGGAUUGCAAUUUACUAGAAAGUUGCAAGAUAUUUAUGAAAGACAUCAAUCGACGAUUAUUAAUGUGGCAAAGGGAGUGUAUGAACUGAAAACCAAAAUGAAAGAAUCCAUCUUUAAGAACUCUCCAACCUUUGAUUUCUCAGAAUAUUCAGAUCUUCAUGCUUCUCUCGACAGUUUCCACAUCAACAGAAUCGGUAUGCGAACCAUCAUUGGACAACACUUGUGUCUUCACGAACAAGCUCAUCAACCAAGAAAAGGUUUCAUUGGUCUCGUUCAAAUGGAAACCAAUCCUGCCCAUGUAGCGCAACAAGCCAUUGAACAUGCCUCUGAUUUAUGUCGAAUGACAUAUGGAACUGCACCAAAAGUGAUCAUAAAAGGAGACACAAGUAUUGUCUUUCCCUAUGUUCCAAGUUAUUUGUAUUACAUCUUGUUUGAAUUGCUGAAAAAUUCAAUGAGGGCCACUGUGGAAAAUCACAACCAUGCUGAUUUACCACCCAUUGUCAUUACCAUCUCUGCUGCGAAUGAUGUCAAGCUUCGAGAACAUGUAUGUGUGAAAAUUUCGGAUGAAGGGAAAGGAAUUCCAAGAAGGGAUUUACAUAAAAUUUGGACUCACUUGUAUACAACUGCAGCCAACAAUGUGGACAUGUUGAAUGACGAUAGUUAUUCAGAGUUGAACGGUCCUUUCUGUGGAUUUGGCUAUGGGUUACCACUCUCUAGAUUGUUUGCUCAAUAUUGGGGAGGUGAUUUACAGUUGAUGACCAUGGAAGGAAAUGGAACAGAUUGCUACUUGUAUUUGCAUUGCUUGGGAGAGACUGAAGAAGUCAUCCAUUAA